AGGAGGUGUAGCUUAGGAGCGUCUGUGACGCAUUUCCUGGGGCUCGUGAGGACCACUCAGCGGCACACCAGAGGGGUAUCAUGACUAUUUAUAACCAACAAUUCGUUCUUAUCAAUUUUCCUGCCGUUUUGCUUUUUCGUGGUCAUUUCUAACGUCGAGAGGUGACAGUUAAACACGCCAGACCGAGCAUGAUGUGAAUGAAAGCGGGUGAGCUGUGACUGUCCAUCCUGGUCUCUUGUGUGCAGGCUGGCCUGUCAGAGACUGUGAAACUAUGGCUUUAGGUCCAGCUCCUGCAGGCCUGCUCCAGCUGAUCCUGGGGCCUGUGUUGGUUCUUCUGGUGUGUGGGCUGUCAUCAGUGCUGGGGCAGGAGGUCUACACCAACCAGUGGGCUGUCCAUAUACCUGGAGGUCCAGAGGAAGCUAAUCGAAUUGCCUCAAAAUAUGGAUUCAUUAACUUUGGUCAUGUCUUUGGAGAUUAUUAUAACUUCCGGCAUCGCAGAGUCGUAAAGAGAUCCCUAUCGGAGCACAGAGAGACUCAAGUGCGCUUGGAAAAAGAUCCUAUGGUGUCUUGGGCAGAGCAACAAGUAGUCAAACGCAGGAGAAAAAGAGACCUCUACACAGACCCUACGGACCCAAAGUUUGUUGACCAGUGGUAUUUGCACAAUAGCAACCGUCGUGACCUGAAUGCCACAGGAGCGUGGCAGCAGGGCUACACUGGUCGAGGAGUGGUUGUGUCUAUCCUGGAUGACGGUAUAGAGAAGAACCACCCUGACUUAAUGCAGAACUAUGAUCCAGAUGCCAGUUAUGAUGUGAAUGAUGCUGAUCCAGACCCACAACCUCGUUACACGCAGCUCAACGACAACAGACAUGGAACGCGCUGUGCAGGUGAAGUGGCAGCAGUGGCCAACAACGAGAUCUGUGGAGUUGGUGUGGCUUACAAUGCAAAGAUUGGAGGUGUGCGCAUGUUGGACGGGGAGGUGACCGACAUGGUUGAAGCCCAGUCUCUCAGCCUAAACCCACAGCACAUUGACAUCUACAGUGCCAGCUGGGGUCCAGAGGAUGAUGGCAAAACCGUGGAUGGUCCUGCCAAAAUGGCCAAAGAAGCUUUCCUGCAUGGAGUUAAAGAGGGCCGCGGAGGAUUGGGCUCUAUAUUUGUGUGGGCCUCUGGAAAUGGUGGCCGGGAGAAGGACAGCUGUAACUGUGAUGGCUACACGAACAGCAUCUACACCCUGUCCAUCAGUAGCUCCACUCAAAACGGCAAUGUGCCCUGGUACAGCGAGGCCUGCUCCUCCACACUUGCUACCACCUACAGUUCGGGAAACCUCAACGAGAAACAAAUAGUAACUACAGACCUCAAAUCCAAGUGCACAGACACCCACACAGGGACCUCCGCCUCUGCCCCACUUGCUGCUGGGAUCAUCGCUCUAGCACUAGAGGCUAAUAAAAACCUGACCUGGAGGGACAUGCAACAUCUGGUCGUGCAAACUUCUCAGCCGGCGCACCUGCUCGCCAGCGACUGGAGAAGCAAUGGAGUCGGUCGUAAAGUCAGUCAUUCGUAUGGAUAUGGUCUGUUGAAUGCCGGGGCCAUCGUAGCGAUGGCAAAGACAUGGACUAAUGUGGGGCCUCAGAGGAAAUGUGUGUUCACCGUCCUUGCAGAACCCAGGAACAUUGGAGGUCAUUUAUCGAUAAACAAGAGUGUGGAUGCAUGCUUCGGUUCAGACGCUCAUGUAAAGUCCCUCGAGCAUGUUCAGGCUCGGCUCACUUUGUCCUACAACAGAAGGGGAAACCUUGCUAUUCACCUCAUCAGUCCCGCUGGUACCCGCUCCACCCUCCUCCAUCCAAGACCUCAUGACUACUCUUCAGAGGGCUUCAACGACUGGGCUUUCAUGACCACGCACUCCUGGGAUGAAGACCCCACGGGCGUGUGGACUCUCGAAAUAGAAAAUGUUGCAGGGGCGAGUGAUUACGGUACCCUGACACAGUUCAUCUUGGUGCUGUAUGGCACUGGCUCACCCUCCGAUACCACUACGGAGAAGCCUCAGCCUGGAAGUGGCAGCUGUAAGACAUUGGACCUGAGGCAGAUCUGCAUCGAGUGCAAUGCAGGCUACUACCUCCAUAAGCAGAGCUGUGUGAAAAGGUGUCCUGCAGGCCACGCCGUGGGCUCCCAGCCUCUAAACUACACAGUGGGAAACUUUGUGGAGCCUGCAUCGGUGCAGGCCUGUCUGCCCUGUCCUCAGCCGUGCGUCACCUGCAGCAGCCUCAGCCCAGACGCAUGCACGUCCUGUCCACCACACAGUUAUCUAGAGAACAACCCAGGCACCUGCCUGCACCUCAACCAGAUCCUGAGAGAGACCCCUGGAAGCUUCAUGGUGGAUGGCCAGGGGGAGCGCCACCUGGAGAUGGAGAUGGGCUCUCGUCUGCCCAUCACCAUUGCGGUGCUCAGCUGCGUGGCCAUUAUUGCCACUUUCGCUGGGGUCUUUCUGCUGUUGCAAAUCCGCUCUGGCGCUCUCCUCAAACUGCCUUCCUUGGAGGCCGGCUCUCGACUUGGGGCAAACUUCAGCCUGGGGGGUAACAGAGUGGUCUCAUAUAGGGGCAUCCCAACUGUGUGGGGAGAUGACGGGGUAAAUACAGACUCAGACAAUGAAGAGUUUGACGUCCAAAAUGAGAGGACUGCCUUUAUCAAAACACAAAGUGCCCUUUAAAUUCCCUCAUGCUUUUAAACCCUGGGCCCCAUGUGUCAGAUAAGUUUAGGCUUUGAUGCAGUCUCCUCACAGCUGUCUCUGUUUGAUUUUUAUCCCUCCUCCUCCGGUCUUCUGUCUCGGCAGACUUCACGAGCCCACUUGUUUCCUCUGUCUCUGAGCGGUGGAUGUGGCCGUUCAGUCUCUCCACACUCGGGCGACUUUCUAUUAAAGGGGCUCUCUCCUCUGGCCCUUGAUUACUAACAGUCUGUCUGUCCAGCUUCACCCUCCUUUGUUACUUCAAACAAAUGAUGAUUGUUUGCUGCUCCCAGUCUCAGUGCAGUAGCCAGACGAGAUUGCUGUAAAUGUGUCAAAAUGAGUGUGCAACUCUAGCGUAAAACAGUAUUUUCACAUCUGGUAGGUCACCUCAGUUUCACAUAAUGUUUGAUAAAAUCUCAGAUGCUGUUUAGCAGAACUCUGCUCUCUGUUUUGAGAGCAGAAUUUCUCUUGAGUGAAUUCUAUAGUCAUUGUAAGUGCUUGAGAAGUAUGACACACAUAUUGGCAAACGUAAUGGAUUGUAAUCAUAAAGCAACAAGACAGUCUGUCUGAGAGCUUUCUGUCCUCUGUUCUCAUUCUCAGAUGUUAAUUGCUUUUGUGCACAGAAAAAAACCUGGUUACUUUUUAAUCCAUAUUAUUCAAGGUGUAUUGGGGGUGGAUUUAGCUCUUCUAUUGUACAAACAUGAAAUACCCAUCUCGGCUCUAGCAGAACAAACUGAGUCACACCAUCAUUGCGUCCCAAACCAUUAGGGAUUCAGAGUCCUUCCAACAUGAGAUUCAAUCGACAAAUGUUGCAUUUGUCGGUGUUCCUGUAUUAAGAACUGACUCAAGCUUCUGCUUCUCUGUGCUUUCCUCCUGUCAUAUCCCCACCUCAUAUUCAAAUAUUUAUUAUUUAAAAAUUGGUUCACCCAAGCACCACCUCAUCAGCAUUUUGACACCUCACGUCUUCAAUUUAAAUUUCAGAUCCUCUUCACAUGCCAAUUAAUUAUGCUCACAAUGCUGCUGCUAUGACUAUUUAUUCAAAUAGAUCAUACCUUUUGGAAAUUUUACUUUUUAACACAUUUUUCUUUUUGUGUAGUUUUGAUCUAAAAUAUGCAUCACACGAUUUCAUCCAGUAUAGCCUUUCAGAAAGGUCUGAUUUCUCGCCUUUUAUGUUUUUUUCAUUUUCACUACCGGAAUGGUGUAGCUUUCUGAGAGAGGUUGUCAUGGUGAUGAUGUGCUUACUAAAAAGCAGCUGCUCAUCCUUUUAUCUACCUCUCAUGUAAUUAUUCAGCAAAGUUUAAUAUGCAGUUUUUAAAAAGAGAUUAGGGCCAUAUUUUACACAAAUCAAAUAUACAAUAGGUUGCAUGGUCACGUACACAAACUAGUAUCCUGUAUUCUGCUGUUGUGACCUCUAGGGCAUUGAUUCUUAACCACAGAGCCAGGGCCCAAAGUAGGGCUGCAAGCACCAUCAGAACGCAGUCAGAAAUAUAUAAUGCACAUAAUAUGAGAAUGGACCGUUUAUACAGAAAGUUGGGGUCAAAAAGUAUAAGAACCCCUGCACUAGGGGUUUUAAUUUGGAGUUAUACAAUUGUCUUGGCUUUGGGCAGCAAACAUUACAUGUCACCUUUUGUUUGUCCUCGCAUCAUGCAAGCAGCAUAAUCAAUCUUGUUCUUAAUUUUCUCAGACAAUCAAACCCAUUACUUUGUAGUUUUUAGUUUGGAUGAUGACGGGCGCAGUCUUGUGGUGGGAAGCGUUUAGUGCUCAUGAUUUUCUUAAUAUGCAGAGACGGAUGUGAUUUAAAUUACAAAGUGCGUUCACAGGUUAUCUAGUAAAAAACAUUGCAAGAUAAUAAGUAAAGCGUCUUUCAAAUUCCUUUUCCUAACAGAAACCAGAUAAUUUUUAACACUGCUUCUAGCCAGGAAACGUAAUUAAUCUCUGAUGACCUGUGCAGGUGUAGCAUGUGUGGCUUACCUUUUUUCUUUUUUUUUUCCCCCAAGUUGCAAAAGCACCAUUCAAAAACAGCUUUUUAGAAAGAACCUGUUUAGUGAUGUCCUGGGGCUGUGUGUAGUAAGACAUUAGUGCUGCUGCUUUUUAGGCAGUGAUUAGCUCUGGUUAAAAGUGGUGCUAAUUUAAAAAUGUAAUACCCGCAGAAUCGUAUCCAGCUUGCAGAGUAAACAACAGAUAAGUUGGCCAAUGCAGCCUCAAAUUGCUUCCAUAAAUAACUUUGUAUCCUUUCAAGUUUACUUUUUACCACCUAUAAUGUUGGACUUUGAUCAGCUUUUUACAGUUACUCUGGACUCGACGAUUCAGAGUUUUGUCUGCAGUUGGAAUCUUCCUUUGAAAUGUCAACAAGUAUCUCUUCCAGAAAGAACAAAUGAAAAACACUGGCUGUUCUUUCAAGAGUAAUUCCUCAUAGCAAGUUCAUACAAUUAUUUAAAUUUUCUGUAAUUUGAUGUUGCAAUAACGUUAAUAUAAAGUGUUUAGUGCUUUCAGCUUGUCCCAUAAGGAGGCAAUAUUGGUGAAGCCCUUGACUAAAAAAAGAACAAAACACUAAAAUAGUUAAAUAACUGCUAGAAAGUAUUUUGAUGUGUAAGUUAGACACACCUGUACAAUCCAUUCCUGCUGAAAGCAUUGCUCUUUCAUGUGAAGGAUGCUGCCUUAGGAUGUAGUGACUGAACAGGAGCAAUAUCUUUGGCCUAACCAAAGACAAUCACAUUAUUGCUGUGUAGUUUUGAGACACUUUGAGCUUCUUUUGCUGAUUGUAUCACUUUGAUUUUGUCCCUGUCAUUCCUGCCUUGAUGGAGAUCUGCAGAGACACCCCCUUGAGCAUUUGUGGAGCGGGGCAUGAAUGUAUGUCAUUUACAUCAACUAAAGGGCUGAAUCUGAUCACUGCACCCAUGGGUGCACAUUUUGAAUAUAAAACACUUUGGGGCAGGUCGUCUCGAGUGCAGCCCUGGACGACUCAUUGGUUCUCCUGCUGGCCUACGGCUGCACACAGUACCUUACAGAUGUGUGACCUAUUAAUGUACAUGACAAUGACUAUCUUAAGUGAGACAAAACUCUAAAAUAAGGCCUAUUUUUGUACUAUAUGAAUGGUGCAGUGUAAUUUUCUUGUAAUUUAAAGGUUUUUUCUCUUGUUUUCCUCUUUUAUUUAAUUGAUGUCAAUUAUAGAUUCUACUAAAAUAAAGAUCUAUGCAAAUUUCA